AUGACAUCUAGUUGCGACGCACAAUCUGAGGGGUCCGUGCGCUCUCCUGCGGAGGGGUACGCCUCCGUUGUGUCGCGGCUGCACUCCGUUGAGGAGCCGGUGCGCCCCGGCUGCCUCGUCGCGUACGAGUUCUUUGAUCACGCCUCCAACUGGCACUGGUCGCUUGCAUCCGUGCUGGAGUUGGGCGAGCACCACGCACUGCUGCAGAGCUGGUGCGUGGAGAACAGCCACAACGCCGGAAUCGUCGACACGCUCCACAAGGAGAAAGAGAAGAAGGCGGCAGAGAUGCGGGACAGCCAACAGACGAUGCUCGUGCUGCGUGAGGAUCUCGCCGCCAUUCGGCGAAGCAACGAGACAGAGGUGGCACGUGUGAAGGAUUUGGUGGCGGCCGCGCGCCAGGCCGUCGCAGAGUUGGAGGAGGUGCGGCUGCACGAACUCUUUAACACCCGCCUGCCGCCGGCUCCACUGCGGCUAGCGCUCGAGGCCUGCAUCAUGAUCGUGAACGGCGACCUCGCUGGGCAGGCAGCAUGGGGCUGGGAAGACCUCCGCGCCGCCCUGCGUGAGCCGAUGUUCAUUGAGCGGCUGCUUGAGUACGACGCGGUGGCGGAGAUGAGUGAGGAGCAGUACAAGGAAGUACAGGCCCGCUACAUGCAGGACAAUAGCAUAAACCGGGUAGAAACACGACGCUCCUCCACGGCGUCAGGAUGCAGCGGGCCGACGACAAGUGGCACCGCAAUGGCACCUGUCUUCUACGACUGGGCAUUUGCGCAGUUGGAGCUGUUCAACGUCUUCCAGGAGUUGGCGCGAUCGCAGCAGAAUACGGACGAAAUACACGCAUCAAUCACGACGCACAUUUCCCGCAUGAAGGACCUCAACGCACGCAUCAGGCAGAUCAACGAGCAGCUGCACACCUACAGUGGGGCCAACGGUGCAUCCAACGGCAAUGGCUAUGGAAGCUCGCCUAUCCUCACAUUCACACCCGCCUCUGAUACCCCUCACAUCGCGGUCCCACGUUCAUCCAUCGUGGCGAUGCUUGAAGACAAGAGCAGCAAUGACAGCAGCGCCAUUGUCACCAUACAAACAGAUGAGGUUAAACGCAUCGUAUCCAGGGCUGAGAUGCACCGCCCGCUACUCUACGACGCCCUGCAAGACACACUCCGGGAGCUACAGCUUACCAAGGCCAGAAACAACGACCUUGAAAAGGAGAUAGAGAAGCAGCGCGACGACAUUGAUGGCGUCUGUAAACAAAACGAAGAAUUGGUACAACAGUUAAACGAGGCACAGAAUAACAUUGAUGGACUCCAGCAAUAUCUGGACGAGCAGGAUAUGAACAUAAGGCAGAGGGAACAACAGUAUGAUGAAAUGUGCAACAGCCUUGCAAAGGACAAAGAGGAUCAUAUGCGCGCAAUAGAGCAAUACCACAAUCAAAUCCAAGACCUGGAGAAGACACACGACAACAAAGACGAGCAGGCUAACAAAUACAGAGAUCAGAUACAGAAACUUGCAGAGCAGCUCAAAGACCUCCGAAACACGAACGAGGAACUCCGUUCGCAUGACGCACGGUGGGAGCCAGUAAACAGCCACUCCGUCUCAAAUCCCACAACCACGCACCACCAUCGGAAAUUUGGCACUACCUCAUACGCGAAGCUUCUGAAGACAAAACCCGAGGCUCUGCGGGCUGCUGUUGUUGCCGAUGCCGCGAACGCGUGCCGCGUGGUGAGCGAUGAUGUGAGCAACGUUGUGUUCUCGCCGGACGGGCGGCUGGUGGAGAUGGACGUGACGCACCCCGCGUCGGUGCCGGAGGAGGAGAUCUCGCGGCGGCUGGAAGAGUACCCGUUCCGCGAGACGAGUCGUGUGCUGGAGAAGCGUGAGGAGCCGAAGACCGGCGCUGAUCUGCUGAGAGAGGAGCUGGCUGAGCGGGAGCGUGAGCUGGAGCAGCUGCGCGGCGGUGAUGAGGAGAAGGCCCGUGCCCUGGAGCAGUUCGAUGAUGAGCUGGGAAAGAUGACCGAGGAGCUGCAGCAGCUGCGAGCGGAGAACGCGGCGCUGCGGUCGCACGACGCGCGGUGGGAGUGUGCGCCUGACCUUUGCGUGGAGACCGCGACGACGCACCACGGGCGUGAUUUGGGCGACGACGGCUAUGCGGAGCUUCUGCAGGAGAGGCCGGAGANUGCGCGGCGGUGA